AUUUUGUUAUUGCCAGCGAAACUGUUCAUAACUGCGGUCGAAAAUGAUUUCUACUGUUCGCCUACUUCAACUGAGUGUUUUAUUGUUUACGAUUCAUCUAGCUAUAUCCAAACUGGAGUUUACCAACAUUAAGUGCAUUACCCACGAUCCAGAGUUUUUAGUAGUCGACUAUUGCUUUCUAAAAUCGAUUAAUCGUACGUACAAGUAUCUAUCCGUGAAAGCGCACUUGUUUCAGAAGCCCGUUACCAAAGUAAAAGUCAACGCAGCAACAUUUCAGAGAUUAAAUGGCUAUAAGCCCUUUCUGUAUAAUGUUACGGUAGAUGCCUGCAGGUUUUUUAAAAACCAAAAAUCAAAUCCAGUUGCUUUUUACCUUUACAAUUUAUUUAAAGAUUACUCAAACUUAAAUCAUUCCUGCCCCUAUGAUCACGAUAUCAUUUUGGAAAAACUUUCUAUAAAUCAUGUUAAUAAGCAAGUAACAGAUGUUCUUCCAGUUCCUCAUGGGGACUACCUAUUUCACUCGAACUGGUAUGUUUCCGAUAUUAAACGUCUUACUGUGGACGUAUACGCCAAAAUAUUUUAA